AUGGAUCUCUUCAACAACCCGGACAACCCGAACAAUCCGAACAACCCGAACAAUCCCAACAAUCCGACCCAACCUAAUGUUUUCUCGGUUCCGGGAUAUUAUCCGACGCUAGAACCGAACCAAUUCUCGCAAUAUUCAUCAAAUGCGUUCGCUUCAUUCCAACACUCGCCAAACCAAUUCGCUCAAUUCUCCCAAAAUCAAGCCCUUCAACAAAUGAUGAUGCAGGGUGCUUAUAAUUUCCCACCCGUUCAACCUCAACCGAUCCCCACACCACCCGUUCAACCUCAACCGAUCCCGAUGCAACCAUUUCAACAAUCCGAACCCGAAGACGAUGUGGAGGUUGUUCCCGAAACCCAACCGCCUAAAGGAAAAGGAAAACGAAACAAAGGCAAGCAAGUGGUGGGUGAUCAACCGUACAAAGCGAAGGCGACUAAGUAG